UCUAAAAUAGAUCCACAAUUUGGAUUCAUUUUUAUUUUGGAUUUCGCACGUUUUUCUUUUCAAAAGUGAUUGAUAUAUCGAUAAAAUGACUACGACCAAUACGGAAACAGCAGGAACAUCGACAAAAGUUGAUUCGAUAACAUCGACAACUGGUAAUAACAACAACAACAACAACAACAUGGUUACCGUAUCGAAUGUAGCCGAAAUAUUUCAUGCUGCUGGUUAUGCAUUCAAAAAACUAAGCGAACUAAUUCAAUCGAUGGAUCCUACCAAUGAUCCAACUAUAUCGGCAACCGUCAACAACAACAAUGGUGGCGAAAGCGAUUAUCAAACACAUUGGGAACCAGCCGAUGUUGAACAUUUUAGUUCGAUUGUCACUACAUUUACCGAAGAUCUUAAUCAAUUGGCCGAAAAUUUGAAAACCAAAAUGGGUAAUCGUUUACGUGAGGAACACGCGGAAGCAAAAAUGCAAACAUUAUCAUCAAAACAACAAGAAUUGAUUCAAUCUACCACUACCACCACCAACAACAACAAUUCACCAUCGUCAUGAUCAUCAUAAUAAUCAUCAUUAGAUUAAAAUAAAAUCAAA